UUUAAGUUUUUUGGUGACUUGCAUAGUUGGUAACUGUAAAUAGAGUGUUAUCUUAGUUGGACUAGAAUUUUAAUUAUCUAAUUCUAUUUCAGAAUCAAAAUGAUGUCGAUAAAUGGAUCUCCUGGACCACUCUGGACUGGUGGUCCAAUCCCAGGCCAAUUCUAUAAUUUCCCUGGUGGAAAAAGUGAUUCAAAUAAUACUCAACGAGUAAGAAGUGUAAACCCAAUAGUGACAGGUACCUCUGUUCUGGCAGUCCAAUUCAAAGGAGGAGUUGUUAUAGCUGCUGAUACAUUAGGAUCUUAUGGUUCAUUAGCCAAGUACAGAGAUCUUAAAAGGUUAUUAAAGGUGAAUGAUACAACAGUGAUUGGAGCAGCAGGAGACUAUGCAGACUUUCAGUACAUGUCCAACAUCAUCCAACAACAAGUAAUCAAUGAUGAAGUUAUCAAUGAUGGGUUUGGCUACACUCCAAAGAGUGUCCAUUGUUUGCUGACUAGGAUAUUAUAUAACAGAAGAAGCCAGUUCAAUCCCUUGUGGAACACUUAUAUUAUUGCUGGAAUUGAGGAAGAUCAGCCAUACCUUGGAUAUGUUGACAAAAUUGGAAUGGCUUAUGAGGCUCCUUCUUUGGCUUGUGGCUUUGGUGCUUAUGUAGCAUUGCCCAUCAUCAGAGAUGCCUUAGAGAAAAAGCCAGACAUUAGUAAGGAUGAAGCAGUGGCUCUAAUAGACAGAUGUAUGAAGCUUAUGUACUACAGAGAUGCUAGAGCUUUAAAUAAGUACCAGUUAGCUGUGAUCACUAAAGAUGGUGUUGACAUCAAGGGACCUAUUAUUUCUGAAACCAACUGGGAAGUUGCACAUAUGAUUAGGGGCUAUGAAUGAGCUUGAAACAAGAUCUGUGAAAACAUCUGUUUCAAAACAAUUAUUUGUUGUUUAACAUUGAAUUUUUUAAUAUUUUUUUUAUAUAUAUGUUUAUAUGAGACUGAAUGAGUGUGAAGAUCUGCUUGUCUGGUAAUUUUUAUUUUUAAUUAAAGCCUAAUAACAAUUAUCAAGUACUUUGUUUCUAUUUUAAUGUGUAUUUGAUGUAUUUUGGCUCAGUGUGUAAGCAUGUGAUGGAUACCUUCUAUAAUAAAAAAAAGUGUUCAGUAAGAAAAUUCAGUUUAUUUGCACCUUUAGUUAUUAAUAAAUCAAUGAUGUGGUUUUAAA